AUGCGGGUGGCGCAGCCUUGGUACAGCUGUGCACUUCAUCAAUCCCGCUAUGCUGCAAACCCUGCGAAUCCCAUCCUCGUCGCCAAUUUAUGUUCUAGUUGGAUUCCCAACGGCCAAACAUCCGUUUCCUUCAAUCUAGCAGUGUUCUACCAUGGAGCUCCUCAUAAGAACAUGAACUGCCUGCAUAUGUCUUGCCCAGCAUUGGAAAGCUGCAUACUCAAGGCAGGAAUCAACACCAUUUUGUACAACAUCACAAUAGGGAUUGAUCCAGAUCUUAUUUUUGAGAAACUGACACCGAAAGAGCCAAAUACUCAUUCCUCACUGAACAAACACAAAAGGGAAAACAGCAGAAGGAUGACUGAGCCGGAAAGAUGCCAGCAAAAUAAUGUAACAUCAAGUUCUCUUCUACCCGAAGCUCCAUCUUCUACCACUAGCCAUGGCUUAAUAGCAGACAGUUACACCGUCAGUACAAGCCUGAUCGGCCAAAAAAUUGAAGCUACCACUUUGUUAAGGCCAGAAACCUUUCUACUGGAUGAUCACUUUGCUAAGAAGACAAGCACUGAGUCUCUCACCAGUUCAGAUCAAAGGACUGUACAUUUAACUUUGAUCUAUAAAUCUCCCAAGGUGUUAUCCCAUGUACCCACUCCUCCUUGUCUGAACAGCAGUAAGUAACACUUUAACAAUACCAAAGACUACAGCGGUAGGAACUACACUUCAGAUAAUGAGGCACCUGCUUGAGAGGCUGUAGACUUAGGUUUCUUGUUUAUUCCUGUUGUUCUUUGCAUUUCUCCCAUCUUCCUUUGCUGUUGUACUGUUGCUUUUGCAGCAGGGUGUUGCAGAAAGAGGAGAGGUCAGUAUAAACCCACAAGGAGAGAAAAAACAAUAAGUAAGAAGAUUACUUACAUACUUACAUAA